AUGGCGCGCUUCUUCUCCCGCCAGCAGACGCUGAAGCUCGAGGGGGAGGUACAUGAGUUUGCGCAGCUCACCGUGAACAAGAUGCUGGGUUUUGCGGGCAAAGCGCCGUUCGACGUGAAAGAGGCCUUCAACUGCUUCACGGCCGACGUGAUAUCGCAGUACGCCUUUGGCGAGCCGAUGGGCUUCAUCGCCCAGGACGCGUGGGAGCCCAACUUUGCCACCUGGGUCAAGUCGUUCUUCCGGAGUGCCUACAUGAUGCGGCACAAUGCACUUGCUAGGAAGAUGGCGCAGUUGCUUCCCAUGUUGGCGGACUAUAUGGGCGAGGACGUCAGGGCUGUCAUGCGGCAGAUGAACGUCAUCAUCCCCGGGUACAUCGAACAGGCGCUGCGCGAGCCCGGGAAUGGGAGGGUCUUCGCCGAGGUGGUCCAGUCCGACCUGUUGCCCGAGUCUGAGAAGUCUUUGUACCGACUUUCCGGCGAGGGGUUCAACUUUCUGUUGGCGGGGACCGAGACCACGGCCGCUACAUUGACGGUCAUUACGUACCAUCUCCUUGCGCAGCCUUCGAUAUAUGCGCGUCUGAUGGACGAUCUGCAGGGUCUCGACCCUGCGAGCCUCAAAUGGACCGAGCUUGAAAAGCGCAGUUAUCUGUGGGCUGUCAUUCAUGAAUCCCUCCGCAUGAUGCCGGGCGUGUCGCACAGAUCAGCGCGGAUCGCUCGUGAGGAGGACUUGGUUUACAAAAGUCGAGACGGCCGUGUUCAAUGGAUCAUUCCUCGCGGCACUCCCAUCGGAAUGACGUCUAUGAUCAACCACUGGGAUGAGGAAUUCUUCCCCAGUCCGGACCGUUUCCUUCCCGAGCGGUGGCUAGUAGAUGGUCAGCCCAACUAUAAGCUCCAGAAGACCUUGAUCGCUUUCGGCAAGGGGAGUCGCUCGUGUAUCGGGGAGAAUUUGGCCUAUUGUGAGCUUUAUAUUAUGGCUGCUCUGAUGGCGCUGCGCGUUGUUCCCCGCGCGCGGCUCCACGAGACUACCGUGGAAGAUAUUUCAAAACUUUGGCCUAACCCUGUUUUCCACCUGGGAGGCGGCUGGUCUAUACCACGCGUGGUAAUUCGCCGAGAGGUAUCUACGGAGUACCUCGACGGAGGAAUUUUAUUGCCGCUUAUUGUUGAAGUGAAUCCUGUGAGAGCGCCGUCAGACAGCUUCUUUGGUACGCUAGUGGAGUGGCAGGACUAG